AUGCUAAAUAAUAUUGGAUAUCUAGCGUAUAUAUCAACAAUGGCAGUAUUAUUGAUAGUCACUCCAUCUUCUUUCAUUAAAAAGGGGGAUUCUGAAUAAGAAUAAUCAAUAAUCAACGUCUAUUUAUCAGGAUUACUCUAGACUGAAUUAGGAUUAAGAAUAUGUGGUUUAUAUCAUCUAAUUUUGUUGGCUGCAUUUAUCCUAAAGUAAGAGUAAUUGAAAUUCGUUUGUUUAAAUGUCUAUGCACUAUUUUUAGUAUCAACAAUAGGAAGCUUAUUUUUUGAUGGAGUUGGGUAAACAUAAUCGGAGAGACUUGAAAGAUUUGGAUACUAAGCAGGAAUAUUCAGUGUUAUUGCCUUUAAUAAUUGGCCAUAAACAAAGUAAGAGAAGAAGGAUUCAAAAGUGGAGGAACAGAAAAGUGAGGCUUAAACAACAUAGAAGGUUGAGUAGACGAAAGAAAAGGAAAAGAGCAAUGAGAAUACUUAGAAAGAUCAAAAAUAAGGGAAGAAGAAGGGCAAAGCAAAGAAUGAAUGA